AUAGCGCCUAUAGUACGUAAACGAUACUUUAACUUGUCAAUAUAAAAAAAAAAAAAAGGAAUGGAUCAAAAGUUAUUGGCUCCAAUCAAUAAAUCUAAUCCUAUAGUUUUCUUUGAUAUUAAUAUCGGUCGGGAAUAUGCCGGUCGAAUGGUUAUUGAGUUGCGCAAAGAUGUUGUACCUAAAACAGCAGAAAAUUUUCGUUGCCUUUGUACCGGUGAAAACGGUAUCGGUACAAUGGGCAGGCCUUUACAUUAUAAAGGUGUAUGUUUCCAUAAGAUAAUGCGAGUAUAUGUGGUCGGAUCUGGCGAUAUAAUUAAUAAUGACGGCAGCGGUGGCGAGAGUAUAUAUGGGCCUCUCUUCGAUGAUGAGAAUUUCGAAUUAGAGCAUAGCGAGGAGGGUAUUGUUAGCAUGGCCAAUUAUGGUAAACCGAACACGAACAAUUCUCAGUUUGUUAUAACUUCUACGGCUUGUGAGAAUUUGAAUGGCACCAAUGUUGUGGUUGGUCGUGUGCUACGAGGUUUAGGCAUUUUGGGUGACAUGGAACAGAAUACUACUGAUGAUGGCAAACCAACAAAAGAAAUUGUUAUAGCCGAUUGUGGAGAAAUAUUGGAGGGCCAAGAUUGGUGCAUCAACGAUAACGAUGAAAGUGGAGAUACAUUGCCACCGUAUCCACAAGAUUGGAUAGAUAAAUUGAAACCGCUUACAACUGAUGAAUUAUUACAAAUACUGUUAAGCAUACGUUCCGCUGGCAAUCAUUAUUUUACUAAAAGUCAAUUUAAUGAGGCUCGACGGAAAUAUCGGAAAGCGAAUCGUUAUUAUAAUUUCUUUCGCAAACGUUUCAAUUGGCAAGAAUCGCCUCAAAAUUCAUACAAAAAUGAGGAGUUUAAGGAACUGGAUAAUCUUUCAGUUCUAAAUAAUAUAAAUAUGGCUGCAGUCGAUUUAAAAUGCCAGGAAUACGAGAAUGCGAAAUAUUGUUGCUCCGAGGCGUUAAGUUUGGAUCCGGCGUGCAGUAAAGCUUAUUAUCGUCGCGGACAAGCCAAUAUAGCUUUAAAGAAUUAUGAGGAUGCUAUUGAUGAUUUACUUAAGGCUCAUUCUCUUUUGCCGGAAAAUAAGGAAGUAUUGAAUGAAUUGAAUCAUGCCAAACGAUUGCUAGCCGAUUAUAAUCGUAAACAAAUGCUAAGAUUUAAACACCUAUUUAAUUAAGCGUAAAAAUUAUGUUAUAUGUUAAGAAGGGUAAUGGACGCAUUUUCGAUUUUAUAUUAACCAAACGUAGCAAAUGUAAAAAUAUACUCGUCAUGUUUGUAAACUUUUGAAUUCUUUUGAAUGUGACCUUGGCCAUCCUACGAUUUUGAUUUGAUGUAAUCCAUGCCUCGUCCGAUUGUUCUUAAAUAAGUAAGAAGUCGAAAUUGACUAUGGUCACCGAUACGAUUUGAACUU